UUUUUGUUGUUGUUGUUGUACUAUCCUUCUUGUGGGAACUCUUUUCAGUUUGACAUAGAAAUAAGACUGAAUCAAAGUAUGCACACGCAUCAAGAAGCUGAUGUCAUCCGCUGUCUCUCCCAGUCUCUGUAGUUCCGGUAUGCGCGUGGACAGACUCACACGUGACCUCUUCCUGACUUAUCACCCUCUGCCAAUCAAUGUCGCCUGUCAACAACUUAAAAUAUCUUUUGAAAAGUAUCUGAAAACAUUUUUGACGACGAUUUAAAAACCCUAAAGUCACUUUACGAAUCGAUAAAAAUCUAUGCAGUUAUCGGUUGUUUAUCGAAAUGAUUUUAAUUUUUCUGAAAGCCUCUACAUGGGUCAUUAAGAACUCGCAUGAAUCGUUCAAAUAGUUUACAAAUAAGUCAUUUGGCCAUUGAAAAUGAUAUAUUUUGUGCUUAACAUUAAAUGUUUGAAAUGAAUUUGAAGAAAUCAUUUUUUAAAUGGUAUUAUUGAUUGUGAUAUUAAACUUUUACAUGUUUGUCAAUGCUUCUGAUAUAUAAUUGAAUUCAUUGUAACAGGUAAACACAUUCAUUUUAGUAUGUGGUAUAUGCCAUUUUCUUUACUAUAUAGAAAUGCAUAAAAAGUUCAUUUUAACCCCUUGUAUUUGGUUUUAUUAUUGCGCACUCCAGUCCAUAAAGAUACCGGUAUGUGAGUAAACUUCGGAAAUCUUAUUGCCGAUGGAAUUUGAAUUAAUAUAAUUACAUGUAAUUUUUCUCACAUAAACACUUCAAAUGAAUUAUUAAGUAGAUACGCAUCAGAUUGGCUGCUUUGAAGUGUUAUCUUCUGGGAAUCACAGACAUUAAGAGAUCACGGACCGUGAAAAAAGAAGGGGUACAUCGAGAAUGCCCCGGACCCUUAUCUUACAGAGAGACCAAGACUCUAUCACUCUUGAUCAUGAUAACAUCCAUAAAAAUCACACCCGAUUUUUAAUGUCUCUGUUCUAAUUUCUUUUCUGUUGAACACAGUUCGUUUCUUUGCUCAUCAGAUACUAGCAAAUUAGAUAGACAUUACCUGUGACGAGAGAUGGUAGAACUUUUAGCUGAUCAUCAUUUCAGAUAAUUUUUCCACGGUUUAAAUUCCAAUUUUAAACGCAUUAGGGUAUUCGAUUUGUACUAUUCUAUACUUCCUCUAAUUGCACUCUAUGACGGUUUUUUUUUUUUUUUUUGAAAUUCUAUAGACUCGACUGAACAUGAUAGCUUUCAGGGUCAAAAUAUGCCGUAUGCAGAAAAUGUGAAGAUUUUGAACUUCACGAGUUUUGCUCAUGAGCAAUUAUAUUUCAUUAGGAAGAAUUUGAUAUUCUUUUGGAACAAGACUAUAGAGCGUUAUUUGGUCCUAACUAUGGGGUUGGUUUUUUUUAUAAAGAAGCAACAACAUGCAGGGAGAAACACCAUUAUGUUGCUAAACACAAUAAAAAUUUCAUAAGCCCUAAAAUUGUUUCCGAUUAAGCUACUUAAUUUUCAUUUCAUUUAGUUCUUCUAUUUGAAUUUACCUUCUCAUUAGGAAUCCAAUCCAAUUUAGUCCAUUUAAUUCAUUAUCUAAUAUGAUAAUCUAUAAACAAAAUGUUAACAUACAUCUCGAUGUUAGUCUGGGUUCGGUGUUUCAAAGAAAUGUGGAUAAAAAAUGUCACACAAUUUAUCUUUAACCUUUGGUUUAAUUAACCAACAAAGCGAGUCAAUUAUAAGUUAUGACUUUAUUUACCUUCACGAGUAUUAGAGGAUUACGACUGAAAAAGAAAAUCAGUGUCCUCUCGCCUAAUAGUGUUGCCCAAGAUCUAGAUAAUCCGAUGUGACUAACCGGCGAAGGAAGCUGUGAAAUGUUUCCUUAAGGACUCAAAGCAGGUGUGAUCAUCUUAUUGAAGUUGUGUAAAAUUUAGUAAAGCUCACCACGGCAAAGAUUAUCAAAAUCCUCAUCUUGUUCCAACAUAUCCAUCGGGAGAACUACUUUGUAUUGUACUAAAGUACCGAGAUAAGGUACCUGAGAUUGUCAUUUAAUUUCUCUAUCUGUUCCUCCAUUUCUUUAUUCUAGUGUUCUUAAAAGCUACUAUCCAUGACUUUGUUGUACGCCGAGAAAAUACAAGCACCUGCGCAUAAAUACAUAUAAUACCGUGGCUUUUUUGUUUAUUGUUUUUACUUCUCGUAAAUGUGAUGUACUAUUAUAUCAUAGGAAUUCAAGUUAUCCUUUGCUACCCGACUAUAUGCAUGUACAUUCAAAAACUGUUGAAUUUUAUCUUUUAGAACAUGUACUCCUGUAUUUUUGAUAUUUAUAAUAUCCUUGGUUGAACAAACUUUUAACGAGAAAAUGCUAUGUAGAUGUUACGAUGAUAUAAGUAUUCAAAAUAUAACAAUAUUUUUAUAACACCCUUAUUGCAUUGCAUAACAUUUUGUGUCUGUUUAAACUUUUCUGUUAUGAGGCAUUCUUUAAAUCUAUGAAUUACAUUUAAAUCUUUGGUCAGGGGGAUCGUCGGAAUUUUUAUUCCAAUAGUAGUUUUGGAAUAUUGAAUUUCUAUUAAAGUCUUUAUGAAGGGGUAUCGCUCUUUUCAUUGGUUGUAAUAAUGGGAUUAUCUAAUCGUUUAUGGCAACAUGGAAUUAUUCUGUAGAUCACCUAUGAUCAUUAUUGAAGUUGUCAGUCAAAUUCUCUGAAUAUCUAUAUUAGUGUCUAACAGUUUUUCAUUCCAACAUAUAUUGUUUUCUGUGGUGUGACCAGCGGGUACCCGACACCUAUUCGUGUGAUUCCGUAAAACGGAAAAUACCUUCGAGCCAUCUCGGCGCUUAUCGUGUGCAAGGGUGACAAUUCUUACCUAUGUGCCAGUAUCGCCGUAUCGGACAAUCUAUUACAAAUAAUUAGUGGUUCCCCGCGUCAAUCAAAGGGAAUGUGUAAUCGGUUUUUGUUGUUCCGCGAAAACAAGGCAUGAGAUAAUUGCUUGACAUGACGUUCCUCUCAUUCAACUAACAUUUACGGUUAUUUAUUAGUUAACAGAGGAUAUUGGAACAUUAAGGGGAUACCAUAAUUUGAAGCACACAUUGCAUGUUGACGGUUCUCGACACAGAUUGAAGCCGAACUAGAGGGGAAAUCACAUGCUGGCUCUUCGUGAUGUCGUUCGAUUGACGUGGUAAUACUCUACUAUCCCAACCUUUGCAUUUUCGUCACCAAAAAGUGUUCAGCUCGUUAUUGACAAGAUGCCGGGAUGUCACAGUGUACAAAUAGUGCUUUUCGUGGUCUCCAGCCUCCUGACUUCGUAUCUAACGGGACAAGAAUUAACAUACCGAAUCCAGGAGGAACAACCAACAAACUUUUUCAUCGGAAACAUCGUCAACGAUUCUAAAUUCUUAGAACAAAACACCACAGAAAAAAUUGAUCGUGAAAAUAUUCGUUUCAACAUUCUCUCGCAGGGAAAUCCUCUGGCCGUGUAUUUCAACAUUAACGACAAAACUGGGGCGUUCUAUACGAACGGAACACUGGACAGGGAAUCUCUUUCACAUUGUAAAUUUUCAGACAAUUGUGACAUUCGGUUGGAUGUGAGUGCACAAUCGACAAUAGGUACGUUUUUCCAAAUCAUAAAGGUGAAAGUCGUGUUGUUAGACAUCAAUGAUAAUAAGCCAUUUUUUCUGAAGGAUAGAACGAACCUGGAAAUUUCGGAAUCAUCGAUUCCGAAUUCAAAUCUUUCUGUUGAGGGAGCUGUGGACUUAGAUAGUGGCGAGAACACAAUUAAGACAUACAUCUUGAAACCAUCAAAUUCACCUUUCGUUUUGAGAUAUGAUAUUUCAAUGGUUGGGACAUCUACGUUGAAGCUAGUUCUUAACCAAACAUUAGACCGAGAGAAAAUUGGUGGUUAUAAUUUAGUGAUAGAGGCAAUGGAUGGCGGAACCCCUGUCAGAACCGGAAGUCUAGUGGUCGCUAUUACUGUAACGGACGUAAACGACAAUCGACCAACAUUUAGCCAACCAAACUACAACAUAAGCAUAGACGAAACCGUAGCAGUGAAUUCAGUGAUUCUAAACAUAAGUGCCACAGACAAAGACUUGGGCAAAAAUGGAGAGGUUAUUUACCGACUCAGUCCUUACCAAUCAGACGAUAUAAAGCAAAUGUUUUCGAUCAACCAAACCCAUGGAAAUCUUAGUCUAAUCAAACCUUUAACUUAUUACUCUGGUGAAGUUCUAAAAGUUAUAAUUGAAGCAUCAGAUAACGCUGAUCAACCUUUGAUCUCUCAAGCAACUGUGUAUGCUAAGGUACUAGAUUCAACAAAUAGCCCCCCAAUCAUCAACGUUAAUUUGUUGUCGAAUGCUCAGACCGCUAAGAUCUCUGAAUCAGCUAGUGUCGGGGCAGCUGUUGCGCAUGUGGGCGUAACAGACGAGGACACAGGUCAAAAUGGACAUGUCACCUGCUCCGUUAGUAACCCUAGCUUUCGACUCGAUAAACUCGAUGUAAAUGAAUAUAAAGUAGUAGUAAACGUCGGGUUGGAUCGAGAAAAACUCGACCAGUACGACAUCACGGUGACAUGUACUGAUUCCGGCAUUCCUCCACUGAGUUCGUCCUCGACCUUCAAGGUCACGGUCAUUGACAUGAACGAUCAUUCCCCUAGGUUCAUCAAGACCACUUACUAUGCAGAAAUGUACGAAAACAACGACAUAGGGAUUGAAAUCCUAAAAGUUUCAGCUUUAGAUUUCGAUAUAGGCAUAAACGCCGACAUUGAAUACUCUCUGUCGCAGACUGGACGUUUCGCUUUCGGUAUUGACCCAACCUUUGGUACAAUAUACGUAAACUUCAAAACCGAUAGAGAAAAUGCCUCCAAGAUCAAUUUCAAAGUGGUUGCCACUGAUAAAGGAAAUCCAAGACGGUCUUCUACCUCAAAUGUAGCCAUUACCAUUCUAGACACAAACGACAAUAAACCCAAAUUUACGGACCCUCCGUUCAUGUUUACCAUUCCGGAGAACCAGAGACCCGGACUAUCUGUGGGGCAAUUGACAGCUAAGGAUGACGAUCUAGGGAAUAAUGGCACAUUUGACUUCUUUCUAUCCGAAGAUAAGGAACCAAAUCUACCAUUCUUUAUUUUCAAGAAUGGAACUAUAAUCACCACCAAAGCUUUAGAUAGGGAAACUCAGCCGCACGGAAUCAACUUCAAGGUUGUAGCUAUUGAUAAGGGCACGCCGACAUCCCUAAACGGUACCGGAUACGUGACUGUAUUUAUGUCUGAUGAAAACGACAAUUAUCCUGAAAUAAUAUUUCCUAAUGCGGAGAACAAAACCAUUGCAUUUCUAUUUGAUCUCCCAAUCAAUAGCAUCAUUGGGAAGGUAGAAGCUAAAGAUCGGGACUUUGACAUGAAUGCCAAGCUGUUGUACUCUUUCGUCGAAACCAUUAGUUUCAUCUCAAUGGACCAAGACAGUGGGGAGAUAAAACUAAAUAGACCGCUAACAUCGGAUUACGUCAAUCGAUACCCCAUGACUGUCAUCGUAGAGGAUCAAGGUGUACCCAAAUUAUCCUCCAAUUUCUCGAUGACCAUUGUGGUUUUGUCCCAUCAUAUCCUUACUCCUGUUUCUCCACAAGUGACAGAAAAUGACAACUACCUGAUGAUUGCUGUUAUCAUUUCGUGUGUAACUGUAGUCGUGGCGGGAAGCAUCAUCCUCGUGAUCUUUCUCAUCAGGCGAAACGACCAACAGAAACGUACCCUGGAAAAGAAUAACAACGGUGAGGUCGUUACAAAGAACCAGAACGCCAUUAAUGACUCGAAAGAACAGUAUGAUGCAAUUGAUCAGUCCAUGAAGAGGGAGAAGAGUGAGAAACGAGUUAGCUUCUCAAUGGAUGAAGAAAAGAAAUAUGAUACCCUGGAAAUGGAACGCCAUCUGUACCAAAAAAAUCCUCCCAAACGGGAGGUAGAUCGGAUCUUGGACACCAUUAUGCCUGCACAAAAUCCUAGGGUGGCGCAAGUAAAGGCGGUGCCCAGCCCCUCCGCCUACAACCACCAGCCCCACUCACAGCUAGGAAAACUUCAACUUCAUCAGAACAUCAUCAACAUGCAUGCAAAUCCGUCUCAGCCUCACUGUGACAACGACAGCGAAACUUCCGUGGAAUCGAACACCUCUGACAGCGGACGGGGAGGAAGUGAGAGCGACAUCCACAGCAGCGGCGGCCUCUCUCAGUGUCAGGAACUAGAUUUGUUGAAGCAGUUAUAUCCCCGUGUUGAUAAUAGAGAGCAUCAUAGACUAAAACAGAAUUCAAACAAUGUUGUGAAUUUAAGAGACAUUAGACCAAAAGUCAGGGAAAACAGAAGAGAUGUUCCGAUGGAUAACGGCCAUCGGAAGUACGCAGACCGACGAGUCAACCAGUAUGGCGAUCCCGUUGACAUUCAUGGCAUUUCAAUGUCCGCUUAUAAACCGAACAAAUAUAUGCAUUUUAAUUCUAUGUCGGACAUUUUGGAUGGAAGCAUGAUGACAAACGACGACGAUGAUGAUCUUAGUACAACCACUUCCGGUAGUUAUACUGUGGAUGAUUUAGACGAUAACAGUUUAUAUCCGGAAUGUGUCGUCUGAUUGAAAAAAAAAAUUGUCAUCCAAAUUUGUGUUCAGAUUAUUCCAUGGUGUAUUGAAAACUACAUUGCAUACUGUAAGAUUCACGGCUAUGUGAACCAUGAUGUGCAUUGUGCGAUACUGUCCUUAUAUAGCGUGCCAUUAAUCAUUUGACUACGGAAAUUGUAAAAGGAAAUAUGAAAAUGCAAACACAAAUACAGAUGGAAACUAGGUAAUUAUGAUAUGAUGAACAUAUCAUAUUUCUGAUAGAUUAUUGUUGGGUAGUGUCGCUUGCCAAGGGACAAACACAACCAGACACACCGUGUCUUUGAUCCGUAUUUUCAAUGUGCCAAAUGUUUCGUUGAUAUGUUGAUACAAAUUGUAUACUUUUGUAUUAAAUAAUGCUAAAACA